CACAUUGUUGAUACACAGAACAAGCUUGAGAUCCAAAAUGGCUUGCCAGGCAAAAGCUAUCACCCUUCUUCUAUCCAUCUUAGCUGUCUCCUUAUGCAAACCCUCAAAUGGUGCAGGCAUCGCCAUCUAUUGGGGUCAAGAUGGCAAUGAAGGCAGCUUAGCUGAUACUUGCAACACAGGAAACUAUCAAUUUGUGAACGUAGCUUUCCUAUCUAGUUUCGGCAAUGGCCAAUCUCCAGUGCUGAACCUAGCAGGCCAUUGUGACCCCAGCGCCGGUACUUGCACCGGCAUAAGCAAUGACAUUACAUCUUGUCAAAAUCAAGGAAUCAAGGUUCUACUUUCCAUUGGAGGUGGUGCAGGCGGCUACUCCCUUUCAUCGGCCGACGAUGCAGGGCAAGUUGCAAACUAUAUCUGGAAUAACUUCCUUGGUGGUCAGUCCAGCUCACGUCCGCUAGGCGAUGCCAUCUUAGAUGGGGUUGAUUUUGACAUCGAGUCAGGUUCAGGCCAGUUCUGGGAUGAUCUUGCUAGGGCACUUAAUGGCUUUAGCCAACAAAGGAAGGUAUACUUAGCUGCAGCUCCACAAUGCAUCUUCCCUGAUGCUAAUCUAGACACUGCAAUCCAAACUGGCCUGUUUGAUUACGUGUGGGUUCAAUUCUAUAACAAUCCUUCAUGUCAAUACGUAAAUGAUGCUACCGGUCUCUUGAGUGCAUGGAACCAAUGGACCACAGUUCCAUCCAAUCAAAUAUUCCUGGGACUACCUGCUGCUCCCGAGGCAGCCCCUAGUGGUGGAUUCAUCCCUGCCGAUGUGCUCAUUUCUCAGGUCCUUCCAUCUAUCAAGGGUUCACCAAAGUAUGGAGGCGUGAUGCUCUGGAGCAAGCAGUAUGACAAUGGGUAUAGUGCAGCUAUAAAGGGCAGUGUCUAGAUUUUUUUCAGCCCUGCUCUUCCCCAUGCUGUGUGCUCCUGAUUCCUGAAUAAAUUUGAUAUAUGUAUAUAUAUAUGCCACAGCAUGUUUGUUCUAAAGAGUGUAUGCGGCGAUCAAAAUACUAUGUUUACUUACAUUUCAAGCUAAAUAAAACGAAAUUAUAGUUCCCUGACAAGGAAAAUAUAAUCAAUUUACCAGUGAA